GUAAGUGCUGUCAAAUGAGCGUGAGGGAUGCAGGGUACCGGUGCGAAAAGUAAAAAUAAUAUUUAAGUGUGAUAAAUGAUACAGUACUUACGUUAUGUUGACAGAGUGUGAAGGUACAUUUGUGUUUAUGUGACUAUAAAUUUUUAUCCGUUGGUUAACUCUCAAGAGGAGAGCUCGAUGGGAUAGAAAACUGUCAAGUGUUGGGGAAGUCCUUUUCAAAACAGUGACAAAGCUUAUGGAGGAAUUGAAUUAUUGUUAAAUUUUUUUAGAUCGACGUAAAAAUAUUGUACAAGAAUGGUGACGUUACUGUGUUUAUCAUGGGAUGACAUCUUAAUCCCUAGAGUGUUGACAGAUUUAUCCUUGAAAGACUGCUUUAAUUUGAGGUGUGUUUGUAGAUGUUCAAAAGAACUAGCAGAUUAUUAUUUUGCGAAGAUCAAACGUGUUGGUCUCGUUCCAUACAGGAAUUUCACGCCAGCAGCAUUUAGUGUCUUAAGUUCAAAGUGUAACAACAUCAGGUUCCUAAAUCUAAGUAACUGUAAGUGGCUGUCAGACGAAAUGCUACAAUCAUUACUGUCGAACAAUGUGUGCAUUGAGUACGUAAAUCUGGGUGGUUGUCUGGGACUAACCAGUGCGUGCUUGCAACCUCUUAUUGUUUGUGGCACUGCGCUGAAAAGUCUCAAAGUUCGAAACUGCCAUUGGAUGACUGUUGGAUGUCUUGAAGCAAUUUCAUUUCACCAAAGCAGUUUGGAAGAAGCUGACCUGACUUCAUGUUGGGAUUUGGGAGAUAGUGGCCUCGAAACAUUUGUCAGAAAAUUUGACAGAUUGAGAAUUUUGUGCAUCUCCAAUAUUUACUCUGUCACUAAUAGAACAAUGUUUGCUAUUGCUGCAAAUUGUCGCUGGCUACAACACUUGAAUGUCCAAGGUUGCUGGAGAAUAACUGAUGACGGUAUCAGAGUGGUUGGUGAAUACUGCCGUAACUUGGAAUCCCUCCUUGUCAAUGAUUGCCGUUCUGUCAGUGAAAGGAGUUUAGGUAAUCUACGUACCAGGAUGUUUAAUGAUAGCCCAGGUAUCAAAUUGUUCCAAUAAGAAGCCUCAAUUUACAGGUGUAACUUACCUGGCUUCUAAGAUGUGAAAUAAUGACUUCAAAUGAGUAUGCUGUGAAAUGUUAUUAAUUUAUGUUAGUGUUGCUCAAUGCUAUAGCUCCCAGGAAAAUGAAUUACAUUGACUUUUGAGAGAUGCCUGUCUGCCUCAUGAUCAUUGUCUGAAAUUAUCAAAUCUGUAACCUAAGGGUUGUAACUGCAAGGAAUUAGUUCCUGUGCGUUUCAUCAAGUAAGAAAGACAAACUGUCGGAAAGUA